AUGUCAAGCGCACCCAAGAGACAACCAGACGCCGUGAAUUCCACCGUGGCGGCUACACGACGUUCAACACGCCUCAGCACACGAGCAGAACCGGCAUGCCCACAGGCAUGUCCCGCGCCGCCGCCCAGGAAGACCGAAUACAACCGAAAGCGAAAGGCAUCCUCACCCGAGCCAACUGCGCCAUGCCAACCAGCGACGCCCCCGAUCAAACGUACCCAGCAUGCUGCACCAGCUCCGCCAUGGACACCCACCCCAAGCGCAGCCAGGGCCAUGGCCAACCCGGCAGAGCGAAAGCAACCCCAUAAACACCCCAUCACACGAUUGGCCGAUCCGAGAGCAACCAAUGCCACGCUGCUGUCGCCAGAGACGUCGAGGGUCAUCGCAUCCAAAGACAUCGAACCAGCAUCGCCCUCCAAAGCACCACCGGCGAAAAUCACUACGGAUAACUUGCUCCAAAUCGCCUGUGCACACGUCAUCAACGUGGAUGAACGGAUGCGUCCGCUCGUGGAGAAACACCACUGCACGAUGUUCUCGCCAGAGGGCCUCGCAGAAAAGAUAGACCCGUUCGAGAGCCUAGCAAGUGGCAUCAUCUCGCAGCAGGUUUCGGGCGCGGCGGCCAAGUCGAUCAAGACCAGAUUCAUCGCCCUUUUUGACAACCAAGACCAAGGGACUCGGUUUCCGCAUCCAUCCGAGGUCGCUCCAUGCAGCAUAGAGAAGCUUCGAACGGCAGGGCUAUCACAGCGCAAAGCUGAAUACGUCAAGGGCCUCGCCGGCAAGUUCACCGGCGGUGAAUUGAGCGCUGAAAUGCUGCACGCGGCUCCCUACGACGAACUCGUGGAGAAGCUGCUGGCGGUCCGGGGGCUGGGGAGAUGGUCGGUCGACAUGUUUGCCUGCUUUGGUCUCAAGCGAAUGGACGUGUUUUCCGUGGGAGAUCUCGGCGUCCAGAGAGGGAUGGCUGCCUUUGCGGGAAGGGACGUGGCGAAGCUGCGAUCCAAGGGAGGGAAAUGGAAGUACAUGUCGGAGAAGGAAAUGUUGGAAAUCUCGGACAAGUUUGCCCCCUAUCGCAGCCUGUUCAUGUGGUUAAUGUGGAGGGUAGAAGAAAGCUCCACGGAUGUCAGUACAAUGGAGUAG